GCUAAAUGUAACUAACUAACUGAUGCAACAUACACAUACGCCAAAUCUCGGCCUACUAAAUUUACAUUUCACAGAAAUUCCAUCACAUUAACAUACACAGACAGUACUGGCACUAUACACUGGCACUAUGUUUCCAGCUCCCCCUCCCACCCCACGUGCUCUGUUCCCACCCCACGUGCUCAGUUUGCUCAGUUCCCACGUGCUGAUAAUGCGCAUGCGCAGUGAGUUUCCGGAAGUUGCGCUCUGCCCUCGGACCGGAUGUUGGGGCUGCGCGCUCUGCUCGGUCUGGGCCUGCUGGUCGGGGGCGCGCGCCUGGGAGCCAGGGCGGACACGUGCGCGCGCAUUGCUGGAGUGACGGGAGGCGGGGGCGCGCCCUGCAGGAAGUACCGAGCGGGGCCAGACAUGGCGGGGGGGCUGAAAUACCUCAGGUGAGGGUCCCUCCCUGGACUGUGACUCCCAUAGUGCUCAGCCAGCACACCACUGGACAUGUGGGCUGCAGGGGCUCCCCCUCCAAAACAGCACCCUCCAUCCCACCUGGAACCAGGACCUCAUUCCCCAACCCAGAGUCUCCCUGUGCACCCCCAAAACCUAACCCAGAGUCCCCCCCCAAAACCUAACCAACCUAACCCAGAGUACCCCAAACCCUAACCCAGAGUCCCCCCAAAACCCAACCCAGAACCUAACCCCCCCCAAAAACCCAACCCCUAGAGUCCCCCAAAACCCAACCCAGAGUCCCCCCCAAAACCUAACCCAGUCCAAAACUAACCCAGAGUCCCCCAAAACCAUACCCAGAGUCCCCAAACCAUGCAGGAGUCCCAAAGCCAUACCCAGAGUCCCCCCAAAACCAUACCCAGAGUCCCCCAAAACCAUACCCAGAGUCCCCCAAACCAUACCCAGAGUCCCCCAAAACCAUACCCAGAGUCCCCCAAAACCAUACCCAGAGUCCCCCCCAUGCCAGAAAAACCAUACCCAGAGUCCCCCCAAAACAUCCCAGAGUCCCCCAAAACCAUACCCAGAGUCCCCAAAACCAUACCCAGACCCAGAGUCCCCCAAAAACCAUACCCAGAGUCCCCCCAAAACCAUACCAGAGCCCCCAAGUAACCCAGGUCCCAAACAACCCAGAGUCCCCCCCAACCCCAACCCAGAGUCCCCCAAAACCUAACCCAGAGUCCCCCCCAACUAAUCACCCCCAAACCUAACCCAGAGUCUCCCCAUAACUAAUCACCCCAACCCCCAGCAUGUCCCUAUAUACCCCCAAACCCAGCAUGUCCCUGUGCACCCCCAAACCUAACCCCAGCAUGUCCCUGUGCACCCCCAAACCUAAUCCCAGCAGGUCCCUUUGCACCCCCAGACUUAACCCCAACGUGUCUCUGUGCAUAUCCAUAAGCACCCCCAUACCUAGCCUUCCUAAUCCCUUCAUGACCCUAACAAGAUGUUAUCCAUGCCUUAUUGGACAGCCUCAGUGCCCCACGAACUAGCCAGUGGAGACAUAAAGUGCACCUUUUCCAUGAGAUGUAAAUGUGUGAAUAUUGCCCAUAAACAGGCAAACUUAAUGUGUCCAGGACGACGUGGCAGCCAUUAUACUGUAUGUUUGAAUGACUGGUAGAGGAACAAUGUGGUAAAACUUGAGUCUAAAUGUGUCUUGAAAUUUGUAGAUAUGAAGUACCGUGUAUAUACUCGAGUAUAAGUCAACCCGAAUAUAAGUCGAGACCCCUAAUUUUUCCCCCAAAAACUGGGAAAACUUAUUGACUCGAGUAUAAGACUAGGGUGGGAAAUGCAGCAGCUACUGAUAAAUUUCUAAAUAAAAUUAGAUCCCCCCCCAAAAAAAUUAUAUUAAUUGAAUAUUUAUUUACAGUGUGUGUGUAUAUAAUUAAUGCAGUGUCUGUGUGUAUAUAAUGCAGUGUGUGUAUGUGAUGCAGAGCCUUGGUGGGGGGGUGGGCAUUUUUAUUAUUUUUUAAUUAUUUUUUUAAAUAUAUAUUAAUAUUUUUUUAUUAUAUUAUUAUUUUUUAUUUAUUUUUGUCCCCCCUCCCUGCUUGUUAGCUGGCCAGGGAGGGGGGCUCUCAUUCCAUGGUGGUCCAGUGGAUAGGCUGUGCAGGAGGGGGGCUGGCAGAGAGCUGUUACUUACCUUUCCUGCAGCUCCCUUUUCUCUCCUCAGUUCCGGUCGGCACCCUCCUCCUCCACUGUAAGUCUUGCAGCCGCGCGGAGCGUUCCCCAUGGCUCUCGCAAGAUUUACAGGGGAGCUGACCGGAACGGAGGAGAGAGAAGGGAGCUGACAGGAGCUGCUGUAAAGGUAAGUUACAGCUCUCUGCCAGCCCCCAACAGGACCGCCAGGCUUGUAAUGAGUCCGGCGGUCCUUGUCUGUAUUAUGGCAAUGUAAAUUGCCAUAAUACACACUAUAAGUCGAGUGGGGGGUUUUCAGCACAAAAAAAUGCUAAAUUAUACUCGAGUAUAUAAGGUAAUUUAUUGUUUAUACUGUCCUAUUAUAUCUGCCACUCUGCAGUGCCAUGUAUCUAUCCCAUUAGAUAUCCAGAUGUUCAUGAAUAAGUGGUUCUCAACCUUUUUUGGACCAAGGCACACUUCAGUGCAAGAAACAUUUCCAAUACACUUGCUUUGUUCUUAAAUGUCAUAUCUAUAGAGAUAUACUGUCCUCAAGCCAAGUCGUGGCACACUGUUUGCUAGCCACUGCUAUAGAUACUUACCAAACAUGUCUGUUCCAGCCAGGAGGAAGCCCAAGCAGUGGAUGAGGAGCUUUUCAAUGAAUACAAGUUCAGCGUGGACCAACUCAUGGAGCUGGCUGGAUUAAGCUGUGCCACUGCCAUAGCCAAGGUAAAUAACUGUUCACACUGAGCUGGUAAAAUGUUGGGUUUAAAGGAACACUAUAGUCACUAGAACCACUAAAGCUUAAUGUAGUGGUUUUGGUGUCUAUAGCCUGUCCCUGCAGCCUUAGCACUGUAAACACUGGCUUUUCAGAGAAAAGGCAGUGUUUACAUUGCUGGUUUGUAACAUCUCUAUUGGCUUCCUAGUCCAGUGGUGCGCAGUGUGCAGCAAUAGGGUUCAGCAUAUCCACGCUCCUCAUAGAGAUGCAUUGUUUCAAUUGCCUCACAAUGCUUUGCUAUAGGAUUGAAGCAGUGUUGGUGUAUAGAUCACGCCUCUAAAGUCUCACUGCUCAAUUCUCUGCCAUUUAGGAGUUUACUCACUUUUGUUUCUGUUUAAGCAGCCCUAGCCACACCUCCCCUGGCUGUGACUGACAGCCUGUAUGACAACAAAAUGGUGUCAUUUUUAAUCGGUUGUUAACUAACUUUAGAGGUUUUUAUUCCUGCUCCGCAAAUUGUACUUUAAUCUGACGCCCUUCUGCAAGCUCUAGCCUUCUAUUAACAGUACAGGGGAUAAAAAAUUCUAAAUUAAACAGAAUGUGCAAUAAAGGAAGUGUAAACAUUAGAUCUCAUUUUACAAUUAUAGUUUAGGCAGACUGUAAGCAACAUGCAGGGAGGUGUGACUGCCCCAGCGGUCUCAGUGCUCCAUUAUCUGUCAUUUAGGAGUUAAAGGGACACUAUAGUCACCAGAACAUCUACAGCUUAUUGAAUUUGUUCUGGUGAGUAGAAUCAUUCCCUUCAGGCUUUUUGCUGUAAACACUGUCUUUUCAGAGAAAAUGUAGUGUUUACAUUACAGCCUAGUGAUAACUUCAAUGGCCACUCCUCAGAUGGCUUUUGGAGAUCCUCAGAUGGCUGUUGGAGAUCUAAAAUGCAUCCAAACAUUCAGUGUCUCCUCCCUCUGCAUGCAGAUACUGAACUUUCCUCAUAGAGAUUCAUUGAUUCAAUUCAUCUCUCUGAGGAGAUGCUGAUUGGCCAAGGAUGUGUUUGAACUGUGCUGGCUCUGCCCCUGAUCUGCCUCCUUGUCAGUCUCAGCCAAUCCUAUGGGGAAGCAUUGUGAUUGGAUCAGGCUACCAAUUCUGAUGAGGCAAUCAGACUGUUUGUUUUUUCUGAGUCUAACAGCAUGCAGAGUUACAGCUUCAGGCUUGAAUACAGUAAGAUGUUUCUAUAUUUAUGGAGGCAUGAGGGGCCCAGGGGGGCUAGAUGGUGGUUUUAACACUAUAGGGUCAGGAAUACAUGUUUUUGUUCCUGACCCUAUAGUGGUCCUUUAAAUUACUUUGUUUAUGUAGCCCAUAUAAACCAAGUGAUUUUACUCCUAAAUGGCAGAGAAUUGAGCACUGAGACAGAAGGUGCAUAAUCUAUACAUUAAAGGGACUCUUCAGUGCCAGGAAAACAAACCCUCCUGCAGUGCCCUCCUCCUUCCCACCCCCCAUUUCAUGUUAAAACCCCUUCAGUGACUUACCUGAAUCUAGCACCGAUGUCCCUCGGUACUGGAUCAGGCUCCGCCCACGCUCCUCCCUCGCCGACGUCAGCCGGCGGGGGAGACCUAAUGCGCAUGCGCGGCAAUGGCCACGCGCACGUUAGACCUCCACAUAGGAAAGCAUUAUUCAAUGCUUUUCCUAUGGGGAUUCCGGUGACGCUGGAGGUACUCAUGCAUAGCGUAAGGACGUCCAGCGUCAUUAAAACACUUUUUUCGUGUUCUUAGAAGCCAGAAGUCCCUCUAGUGGCUGUCUGAUAGACAGCCACUAGAGGAGGACUUAACCCUGCAAGUAUAAUUAUUGUAGUUUAAAAAACUGCAAUAAUUACACUUGUAGGGUUAAGGGUGAUGGGAGUUUGCACCCAGAUCACUGCAAUGGGCUAAAGAGGUCUGGGUGUGUGGAGUGUCCCUUUGUCCCAGGAGGGUGGGUUGGGUGCAGGACCGUGGGUUGAGGGUUGGGUGAGUUUGGGUGGUAGCGAGGUGUGAAGAGUUGAGCUACUGCGCUUAUAAGUGCCAGUAGAAUGUGGGGACGUCGUCCAACCGCUCCCCUAAGUUGGUAGUGGUGGGAAAGUUGUUUAUAGACUGUGGUGAUCGUCCCUGGUCAAAGUCGUCCCCAGGCGUGUGCGGAGAAUUUAAGCAAUUGCCUUGUAUGUGUUAAGGCGUGGGGCCCCCAGCGGUGUCUCCCCCACACUAGCCCCCCUAUUGGGAGGUAGAGGGUGGGGGAAGGCCUGGAUGCUAGUGACCCCAUCAGUUCCCACGCGUCAAGUUUUGCGAUCUCUGAGGAGUGUGGCCACAGGUGGGGUUGUUGGUGGAGGGGUUCCUCAGGACGUUUUGUUGACGCUACGGUUCUAAGUUCGAGAGGGCCUGGUUUGUGAGGGUCCUCAGUGCUUGUAUGAUUGUCUCUUUUAAGCUGUCACCACUGAGCUUGUGGUGAGGGGUGGCAUUGGGGGUAGGAGGUGGGGUGAAGGGAGGGGGAGGAAAAGGUGAAGUGAAUGGGGGAAAAAGGGGGGAAGGGGGACUGUUUUAUGUAGGGGAGGGAAUAUAUUCCUGCACCUCGUUUGGGCUAUCAGAAUAAACAUAGAUAACUUGCCAAGAAACAUUUUUCAUUCAUACAUAUUCAUACGACAUUAACCCCUUAAGGACCAAACUUCUGGAAUAAAAGGGAAUCAUGACAUGUCAAACAUGUAAUGUGUCCUUAAGGGGUUAAAGGGACACUAUAGUUACCAGAACAACUACAGAUUAUUGAAUUUGUUCUGGUGCGUAGAAUCAUUACCUUCAGCUCAAAAGAUGGCUGUUAGAGAUCCUUCCUGGGUCAUGGCUGCCUAAAAUGCACCCAAACAUUCAGUAUCGCUGAUUGUUUGCAUGUGUAUGUGUGUAUGAGAGUUUCCAUUCUUUUUUGUAGCGUACAUUGUGUGUUUGCUUCUAUGGCAGGUGAUAGGUAUUUUGUGAGGGGGUUAGUUGUGUGUUCGUCGCCCUGUUGAGUUGUUUGGGUGAGUGGCUGCGUGUUGGUUCAUGCUAUCUAAAUAAUUGGUGUGGGAUACCAUUAUUGGGUGACAUGUGCGUCUUGUUGGUUACUGGGAUACAUUAAAAAAAAAUAAUAAUAAAACAAUCUAGCAGAUAAGCCAAGGAAUGGGAGCGCAGGUACGGGGUUAUACAUAGCAGGACUGUAAUGUUCUGUUAUCUAGUAUACAUCGUUGAGAGUGGGGAUGCAUGCUUAUCUCUGUGAGGGAGCCAGAGUCAACGUGUACAGCAUAGUAGGCGUAGGGGAAAGUCUAGGAUGUGCAGGCGUUGUCGGGUGAGUUUGCUGCUUGUUUGUUCUUCAUCUUGGUUGAGUUCAGGAGCUGGAGGUCAGGUUUUGGGCCUCCUUAGUUGGAAGAUUGUGAGCGUUGGUGGUCUGGGCACUGAGGUCUUCGGGCUGUUUGCAACUCCUGGGGUGGUUGAUGUGCUUCCAUGCAGAGGUUUGGGAGACCUAGUUGGGCCGCAAUGUCCUGGGCUUCCGCCACAUCGUGUAGAGUAAGCAUUUGGUUGUCGUGAAGGACCAUUAGUUUGAAAGGGUGCCCCCAGGCGUACCAUAUCCUCUGAGUGAGGGCUUGGGUGAGGGGUCUUAAUUCCCUUCUUUUGCGUAGAGGCUUGGUGCCAGGUCCUGGUAGAAUUGGACUUGGUGGCCUUUAAUUUGUAAGGGGGUGUCCCUAGAUGCUCUCAUCAAUGCCUCCUUCACAUGGAAGUAGUGAAGGCGCACUAUGACGUCUCGUGGUUUGCUGGCGGUGGCAGAGGGUGCUCUGUGUGCCCUGUCCAGAAAAAGUUCAACCGGGGGGAAGGGGGGGGGUUGAUGUGGAGUGUGUCCAUGGUGACCAUUUCUGGGAUCCCCCUAAUUCUAAUAUUAUUGCGCUGUGACCUUUUAUUUGCGACUUCUAGUGAUAUCAGUCUAUCUUGGAUGCCAUGAGGGCUCUGCCAUGUGCUGAGGUUGUGGAGGUGACAUCCUCCAUUUUCUCCUCCACUACUACAGUGCACUGUUUUAGGUCAUCCAGGCCUUCCUUGAUGGGGGCCAGGUGUCUAGUGAGUUUAGAGGCCAUGUUUGCUUUGAUGUCUCUCAGGAGCCCUUUUAAAUCCCCACGUGUGACGGGUGAGGCACCGGGACUAACCUCACAGGCUUCUGAGUCAGUCCCUGACUCUGGCGGGUCCUCUAGCCUAGGCGUCUGUCUCUCCGAGCGGCUGCGGAAUACCAGCGCCACGGAGGUCCCGUGUUUUGAUUUCCUUCCGCCUACCAUACUGAGGUUUGUUUGCUGGUGAUCGGGUCGGGUAUUGGGGUAAGGAUGUCGGCAAUUACUGCUAUUAAUAGCUGUAGUGUCGCCUGGUGGUACAGAGCUCUAACAAGAAGUUGCCAUUUGCAUCGGAAGUCAGGUGCAGCCUCCCUGGAGUGUCCCUUUAAGCUAAAGUUUGCUUGGUUUCUGUAGUGCUCUUUUAGCAACUAAUGAGUGGCUUGUACCGUAGUUCACUCAUGUCUUUCAUAUGAUUGAAUCUGUUGCCUUGAUCUGAGUGUUAUACCCAUUAAACCCCCUGCUGGAAUGGGAUCCAUCGGAUAUACAACGUCACUUCCUGGUAUGAAGAGAGAUCCCUGUGUAUUUAUUAGUAUAUAACAUUUUCAUUUGUUUUUUUUUUUUUCUUUUUAAUGUAUUCUCUAAUUCUAAAUGAUGCAUUUUAAUGAGGGUUAAUUACAAUUUUAGUAAAUGUUUUUGUUUUUUUGUUUUAGUAAUUGAUGUAAUAUGUUCUAUAUCAUUUCAGGCCUAUCCAAUCAGCUCCUUCACUUCAAACCUUCCCUCUGUGCUUGUGGUGUGUGGUCCAGGGAACAAUGGAGGGGACGGCCUGGUGUGUGCCAGACACCUUAAACUAUUUGUAAGUUUUAUUAUUCAUCUGCAGUACUGAAAAACCAGUCUGACGUUCUAGGCCAGAGGUUAUCUGCAGAUGCCCUAUGGCAGGCAUAGGCAACCUUCAGCACUCCAGAUGUUUUGGACUACACCUUUCAUGACAUUUUGCCAGCAUUCUGCGUGUAGGAGUAUUAUGGGAGAUGUACUCCACAACAUCUGAAGUGCCAAAGGUUGCCUACCCGUGCCCUAUGGGGAGGGAGGCUAUUUUGUAUAUGGUGGAAUGAUUCUGGCAAGGCAUCGUGGGAGUUGUAGUUUUGCAAUAGCAGUAAUGUCUAACCUUUGGCACUGCGUUUGCUGUUGUGAUCAGUCCACCAGUUGUCAUGUCAGAGCUGUGCCAUUACUGCUCUUUGUAGCAGCAAAAAAAUAAUUCUCAAUUUUCUUUGAUUGAGCUGGGGCUGAGAAGGGGAACGUUAUAACUCCCUUGGAAAAUAUGUGUUUCCACUUAAUGUUACAUAUAGCCCCCCUUAAUUCAGUUUAUUACACAAUCAAAUUUGAUUACGCUACCUGAAAGCUAGCCCUGCCACCAAUCUUCCUCCUUGGUGACAUCAUCAGAAUUUACGAUUUUUAGCUAAUCCAAUACUUUCCCAUACAUUGGAUUGGCUGAAAUCAUCAUGGGGUUGAGACCAAACGCUGUUUUGGCCAAUCAGCACCUCCUCAUGGAGAUGCAUUGAAUCCAUGCAUCUCUAUGAGGAAGAUGCAACGUUUCCAUCCAGAGUGUGGGGACGCUGAACGGCAGCACUCCCCCAUAAAAUGCCUGAAGACAAUGAUUAUACUCACCAGAACAACUACAUUUAAACUGUAGUUGUUCUAGUGACUAAAGUGUCCCUUUAAAUUGAAUUGUAUGGAUACAUGAAUUAAAAUAAGAGAGCAACAUUUUUUCCUUGUAUUUUUGGGAGUUUACAGAGAAACUGCAUAUUUUGUGUAAUUGAUGGUGUAACCUAUUUAAUUGGCUACCAGUGUUUUCAACAUACAGAUUGCAGAGGUGGUCUGUAAAUUCAAAUGCAUUGUUUGUAUAUUCACUGAUCCUGGUAAGAUGAUUUAAUGAAAAUAUUUAAUUUUUUUACUGAUUUGUUGAUAAAUGCCUCAAUUUAAUAUUGCUGGACAAGCUUUUUCAAAUGAUUUCAUAUUUUUAAAUAGAAAGUUAAUCAAACCAUAUUAAAUCAAAGACAAAGUGUUUGUUUUAAAUCCACUAAUACCUUAUCUUCUGUUCCCAGGGAUAUGAACCAGCUAUAUUUUACCCAAAGCAGCCUAACAAAACUCUAUUUGAAAAUCUAUGUACACAAUGCAGAAAAAUGGACAUCCCAUUUCUGCCUGAGUUUCCUCAAGAGGUUUGUUGAUAAAACUCUAAAUAUAUUUCGUCCAGCCUCGAGUAAUAAAUGCAAAGCAAACUGGUUUCUACAUCACUUGUACCAAAUUUAGAUUUUGUGCUUUUGAUUGGCCGUGCUAGGCAUUCAUAAAAAUGUACCCGGGACCAACUUGGCUUACUCACUACAAUUUCUGCCAGUCUUAUGUUACAUGCCAUUUUACGCUCCAAUUUCACCAUCUCCUGCUAUUUUAUCAGUACAUCUUACACUGCCCCUAUUAAUUCCUUCACAAACUUUGACAUGUUCAGAAUUUUUCUUCCCACCGCUCUAUGGCAGCCUUAAAGUGUUAUUCACUAUAGACACAUUUUUUCCCAGUUCAGCUAUUUGAAUUCUCAAAGUUGGCUAUGUUUCCAGUUCGGCUAGUUUGACCAUAAAGUUAAAAUUCACUAUGAGCUUCCAUUAGACGUGUCUCUUAAUGCUUUUCAGCUGUUGCGAAACUAUCUGUCCUGUAUUUACCGGUUGAGUUUUAUAUAAGACUUACUAGGUAAAUCUCGGAAAGACUGAUUCGUUUGGGCUUAGAUUAGCAGGAAUUUAAUUUGUUGACAAGUAUAGUCUCCAUCCUGCUGUGUCAAUUUCUCACAUUAGUUGGGGAAAGUAUAAUCCCUCAUUUAAAUUAUACUUUAGUAAGUGCCCCCACUAUGUCACACCUGUUGUGCUAGAAAAUGAUUGUAACGGAGCUCAAUGUACCUCCGCCAAGGACCGCUUCCUAGCUGGAACAGGUGACAAACCGCAGCACUUCUGCCCAGAGUCGCUGUGGCUUGACUGGGGUCCUGGAACCAAAUGGGGAACUCGCUCUAUCCACCCCCCGGCACUGGACGACACUCAGUCCUGGGAGCUCUAGUCCUUACAAGGACUUUCCCUGUUGAAUCCUCCACACUGGAACAGUGAUUAAAGAGUAGCCCUUUCCCUUCCCAGUAACCAGACGAUACUUAGUUCUGGGAGUACAAGCUGGAAUACCUUUAUUGGCAGCUACAACUGGCCUUAUAUGCAUGUCCCCAUGCAAGGGCCACUCUCUCUCCCUCCCGCUCUUCCUUCACCCCCCAGAGUAAACCAGAGUAGAAACAAAUACACAAUUACAUUGGCUCUCAGAUCCAGGACACUCCCAUACAUAAGAUAAUCCCUCCCCCUGUGCCUGUGGGAUAUAGAGUCAAACUCUAUAUUAAACUCCAUUAUCUCCAGGUACAAAAAACUCAUUUCCAAAACACACCAAAAGUACCUUAAAAAUACAUAAAACCCCAGAAAAAUUACAUCCCCUGAUAGCACCGAUCUAGGUGACCAACAUAUCCAAAAAUCACCCAGAUCGGUUCAGGAAUUUCCUGGAAGUCAUUUGUUUGACCGACUACCUGCAUGGUCCCAUGCCCACAACAGUUCCAGAGAAUCAGGGCUUGCAGUUGGUCUAGUUCGGUAGUUAAAAAACCGAACAUAGUGUUCUUACUAUGGAGCUUGUUCCCCCAGUUCGUGGGAAUGUUUCCACCGAACAGCACCUUUCUAAGUGUUGUAGAACUGAACCCAGACGAUAUUGGAAGUCCAGCGGUGUUCGGCAGUUUCAGUGUCCGAAAAUAGUUCCAUGAUCUCGACCAAACAUCGCUGCCUGGUUUUAUGCAAACAAGAUGGCUGCCACCCAGACGAACACUAUGGUGGAAAUUGGUACAAAGUAGCAAUUAGUCGGUUCGUGCAGCUGUUCGGUUCCUGAACCAUAUAGUCCAAAUACACGAACGGAGGCUUUCACAUCACAUUUUACAGGGUCUGUAGGCAGGAGGCUGGCAAGAGGGCUCCUCUGGGAACUUGUGGCAAACUCACUUGGAAAGGGUCAAUUAUAUUUGUGCAUUAUCUGUUAAAAAAAAAAAAAAAAAAACUGCAUUGCCUUGUGGGUAAUGGGAGCCUACGCCUCUUAUGGGAGUAGGAAUAAAACUUGAAUUUCGAAUUGCAAUAAUCCUCCUUCUCUGCUAUUUUCUAGCUCUGUUUUUGGCAGAAUAAAUAAAGGGACACUAUAGUCACCAAAACAGCCUCACUGCUCAAUUCUCUGCCAUUUAGGAGUUAAAUCACUUUUUUAUGAACCCUAGUCACGCCUUCCUAAACGCCUCCUGUAAAAGCAGGGCUCGACAAAUCCCAGAUCGCCACGGCAACUAGAAAUUUCGCCUUGGCGUCUGGGAUUUGCCAGCUCUUUAGUUAGUGAGGGAGCUUUGACGGCUGCUGUCACGGGGAAUAUUGGAGGCGGCCGUCCGCCCACAAGAGAAUUAUGGGGGGUACUCUGUUUGCAGCUGCUCUCUGCUCCAUCGCGCUGUCUAAUGAUGUUGGGAGCCGGGAUAUGACAUCAUACCGGCAUCAUUACAGAGCGUGAGGGAGCAGAGAGGAGCUACAGGCAGAGUACUGCUCCUUUGCACACGGCAAGAAGCCCCACUGGACCCCAGGAAAGUCCAACUCAGCUCUCCCAAAGGUAGGGAGGCUGAGUGGGUUUCAAUUAAAACAAAAAUGUGUGUGAAUGUGUGUGUGCGCACGCGCCUGUCAGUGUGUGUGUCUGUCAGUGUCUGUAUGUGAGAGAGCCUGUCAAGAGUGUGUGUGAAUGCCUGUCAGUUUGUGAGUGCAAGCCUGUUGUCAGCAUAAAAGUGUGUGAGAGCCUGUCAAAGUGUGUGUGUGCAAGCCUGUCAGCAUGUGUGUAUGUGAACCUGUUAAAGUGUGUGUGCGCGUGUUUAGGUACCUGCCCCCUCCGAUCGCAUGAGGAAGGUGUUUUUACUCACCUUUCUUCCCACUCCGUGCCAGUUUUGCAAUGGCUGAGAUGAUCAAUCUUUAUGAUCUCUGCUAAGACAAUGCUUUCGCUUAGGAAAGCAUUGGGAGGAUUUUGUGCAUGUGCAGCAAACGUACCGUACCAAUCCGCAUCUCCUCAUAAAGAUGCAUUACAUUAAUUAAUCUCUAUGAGGAACAUUCAGCGCCUCCAUGCAGACCCUGAACCUGGGUGCUGCAGCAGUGACCCAGGACUCUCUAGUAGCCAUCUGAGUGACUGUCACUAGAGAUGUUAGUAAGCAGCAAGGUAAACUCUGCCUUUUCACAGAAAAGGCAGAGUUUACACUGAAACGCCUGCAGGGACAGGCUAUAGACACCAGAACAACUACAUCAACCUGUAGUGGUUCUAGUGAUUAUAGUGUCCCUUUAAGAAUUGCACACUCUCGUUGAAAAUGACUGGCUCCUAACUUUUUUAGCUGGCUCCUAUAUUCCAAACAAAUUUGUCAAGCGCUGCUGUAAAGAGUCAUCUAAAGUUUAUCCUUUCUUUAUUGCAAGUUCUGUUUUAAAUUCGAUUUUCUAUGUUAAUGGAUUGCUAGACCCUGCAAGAGCUUCCUGUAUGUGAUUAAAGUUAAAUUUACAGAGAAAUAUACAAAUGUUUUAAGAUAAAUUACAUCUGAUUUGAAAGUGAAACCAGUUCUCUCAUGCAGGCUGUCUCAAUCAUAGCCAGGGGAGGUGUGGCUAGGGCUGCAUAAACAGAAACAAAGUGAUUUAACUCCUAAAUGGCAGAGAAUUGAGCAGUGAGACCUGAGAGGCAUGAUCUAUACACCAACACUCCUUCAUUAAGCUAAUGUUGUUUAGGUGACUAUAGUGUUCCUUUAAGCUGUUUAUUAGCUGCUGUCAUCCACCCUAUGAAGUUAUCUUGGAGGGUUUGUCCCAUCUCCCCACUUGCUAAUCCUUACACUUUUUUUUUUUUUUAUGUCUGUUAUUAAGGCUGAGGUGAUCGAUGGAGCCUACAGUUUGGUUAUUGAUGCCAUUUUUGGAUUCAGCUUUAAAGGAGCUGUAAGAGAACCCUUUGGAAGUAUCUUGAACACCUUGAAACAGAUCACCAUUCCUAUCGCAAGUGUGGACAUCCCGUCAGGUAAACCCAUUUUCUGCUCUGCGGCUGCUACCAAUCCUAGAAACGAGGGAUUGUAAUGUAACAUGAAGCAAUGUGGGACAUUCCUAGUAUACUGUUACAGUAUGUUUGCUGUCCCAUGCAGAUUCCCAGCUUGACACUAUUCCGUGAUAUUUAGAAAGAUUAUGUCUGCUAUUCGACGUUGUCUAACUGUCUUCGUUCCCCUACAACAUUUUUAGGAUGGGAUGUCGAGAAGGGAAACAAAGAAGGAAUCCAGCCAGACAUGCUUAUUUCGCUGACUGCUCCUAAACAGUCUGCACAUCAUUUCACCGGCCGUUACCAUUACUUGGGUGGUCGGUUUGUCCCCAUGGCUCUGCAGGAGAAAUACAAGCUGAACCUCCCUCUGUACCCAGACACUGACUGUGUCCUGAAACUUUAGCCUACCUGAGAUUAUGCCGUGACAUCAGGAUAGAAAUGUGUUGCUUUAAAUCUGCAGUUUUGAGCACUUUGAAAUUGGAUUUGAAACCUUGAGGUGAUUUACAUUAAAAAAAAAAAAAUAAUAAUAAUCAUCUGACUAGAUUGGGAGUGGUUUCACCAUAUACUCUUGAAUGAGGUUGACAUAUUUACUUGCAAUAAAUUUAAUGUGUUAAAAGUUUCCAAUACAUUGCAUUUAAAUGGGGAGAGAAAGUACAUACAAAAGGAAUUGAAUUCAUUCCAAAGUUCACAUGGUAUUAGAUGACUGCCCCUUUCUAUGGCACAGCAGCCUAUAAUAAAACUUUCAUGUUUGUACAAGUUGCCGGCUGAGGUGAGUAACCCAAUGGAAGCAAGUAAAAAUAAUGUGCAGCAUUGUGGUGGCUUUGCGAAUGUGCUCAGGCAUCUAAUGGAGAAAUACCACAAGUGCCCACGCUCCAGUAUUGCUGUACAACACGGCAAGGGUUAGCCAGUUUACGUACUUCGCCUGGCAACUCAUGUAAAUGAAACUGUAUUAAAAAUAAAACCAGAACACUUUACAGAAAAUAACUACGUUAACUCUUGACAAGACAGUCUGACCAAUGUUAUUCUGCAUAUUUUUUUUGUUUCUUUUUCUUUUUCUUGCUCUUCACAUGUGAGUCCAUUGUUUCUUCGUCCUGUUCUGCCAGUUCCUCUGGUGAAGGAGAUUCCUUCCGAUGCGACUUUUUACGCUUUUCAUUCCUUUUUGUACCAUUACCAUCCUGAUCAGCACAUGGUUCAACUUCAUCAUCAUGGCCCUUCAGCCCCCCGUGUUCCCUUGUAUUUUUCCUUUUCUUCUUUUUGGGCAAUGCAGGUUCACUCGAAAUGCUUAUUGUAUCAUUUGCUUGCUCCUGUGAAUGCUUUUUAUUGCGCUUUUUAGAAGACCCCGCGUUAUCUUCAGCAGGUGCCUCUAUGGUUUUCUGCCCUUUCCUUCCAUAUUUCUCCAGAAAUGCUCUUUCCUGCUCUUCAAGUCGAGAAAGCUUUGCACUCAUUGUCAGACCAUGCCGUGCUCCCCUGGAGAGGAAAAAUUAACAAAAAAGCAGUUGUGUGAAAUUGAAUACAUUCUAUCAAAAAAUAAAAAUGCCCUGUCCAGCUGCACUAUUGCAGGCAGAGUACUAUUCUGUUUUAACUCUUUAUUUUACCCUUUUAGUUGCUAUUUAUUACUGCUAUUUAUAAAGCGCCAACAGAUUCCGCAGCGCUGUACAAUUAGUGGAGAAACAUACAAUAUACACAGACAAAUACAAGAGGUAGAGAGAGCCCUGCCUGUAAGCUGAUCUCUAGCCAUUGGAGCUCUUUUAUACAAAGUGCUUGGCUAGAUGGCCCGUGAGCUUACAAUCUAAAGGAUACCAUUAUUAUCCUUUAUAAUGUAGCGUUCGGAAUAAAAAACUGUAUUCCUAAACUAGUGUCCCUCUGCCAUAAAGUUGUGCCCUGAUGGGAUCCCCUGCUGUUGGAAGGGUAAGGGUUCAAAAUCAAACCUUUAAACACAUACCUCUUUCCAGUGCCAAGGGACCUUCUCUGACGUCUGCAAUGAGAGUAACCCAAAGGACCUGUGCUGUGUGUGACGCGCACAUAAUGCUUUGUUAUAGGAAUUUGCAACACGCUGGACACCCUCAUACAAAGCGUAAUGAUGUCCAGCAUCGUUUCACAGAGUUAAAAUCUGUGAAAGGGCAGGAAGUGCCUUUAGUGGCUUUCUAGACGACAGCCACCAGAAGCAGUCUUAACGCUGCAAUGUUUUACUUUGCAAGGAUAAGGAAACUGACACAAUGUUUUCCUAUGAAAUAGCUGACGCUAGAUGUCCUUGUGCAGAGCGACCAAAGGUCCAUUAACAACCAGGAAGCACUUCCAGUUGCUGUCUAGUAGACAGCCACUGGGGGCGGGCUUUGUGCUGCAAUGUAAACAUUGAAAAAGGGGCGCUGUACCCAGAUUACUUCAGUGAGCGGACGUGGUCUUGGUACCUAUAGUGUCCCUUUAAUGGAAAUAUAUCAUCAGGAAUCAUGUGGCAGCAACUCCGCGCAUAAAAUGUUUUUAAAAGCCAGUAAAAUUCCAUGAGGUGAAAAUCUUCUGCUUAAAAUGAGCAGAGAAAAAUGGCAACACUGAUUAAUGCUAAUGGAUAAAGGGACACUCCAGGCACCCAGACCACUUCUACCCAUUGGAGUAGUCUGGGUGCCAACUCCCACUACUCUUAACCCUGCAACUGUAAUUAUUGCAGUUUUUUAUAAACUGCAAUAAAUGCGAAUUAGGUCUCAGCUGGUGGGCGGGACAAUCACUGGGAGGAGCGGCGGCGGAGGAAGAGGUGCUGCCUCUGGUAAGUUACUGAAGGGGUUUUCACCCCUUCAGCAACCGGGGAUUGGGGGGUGGGAGGGAUAGGGGAUCUGCAGUGCCAGGAAAACGGAUUGUUUUCCUGGCACUGGAGUUUCCCUUUAAAGAAAUGCUAACAAAUUUCUUGAUUUAUUAAACUGAAGCUUUUUCAUAUGAUAGGUAGUAGUAAGGGUAAAAUAUGGAGCAGUUUUUAAAACGGAUUACUUUGACCAGAAAUAAACUUACUUGUGCGCAGUGCGGCC